AUGCCGGCUUCUGGCGCCAGCCUCCUGCGCGGCACACAUGCAUGCUUCACGGGCAGGAAGCCGGCCCGCGUGGUGCACCCCAGGCUCCGCCCGGCGGUGGCGGCCAAGGACCGACCCGCCUCCGCCGACGGCGCCGAGGAGGAGCCUAGCCACAGCACAGAGCUGCAGCGAGUAGAUUCUCACGCCGAAGGCGCCCUAACCUAUCAGUUUGGGGCCAAGGGCCAGCCGAUGGUAGCAGCACGGGCAGCAGCAGCCGGGGCGGCAGCAGCAGCGCCUGCGCACCAGGUGCAGCACGCGUCUGCUGGCACCAACGGCAGCGCGGCCGCGGCCUCGCCCUCGGCAGCAGCGGUGCUGCCGCAGCACGCGAGCCUGGCGCCGCCGCCCUGGCAGGUGGAGGAGGAGGAGGCGGGGCCCGCGGGCGGCUACAGCAGCAACGGCAGCGGCAGCAGCAGCCACGACCUCCCAUACGUGCGCAACGGCUGGUACGCUCCGCCCUCUGCAGCCGGCACUAGCAGCAGCGAGCAGCACGGGGCCGCCAACGGCGCCGUGGCGAUGGACCGGCGCGGUGGCGGCGGCGGCCGCGGCGGCCGCGACGGCGGCGGCGGCCGGCGGCGGCGGCAGCAGGAGUACUUUGGGGGCGCGGCGAGCGCGGCGGCGGCGGCGGCGCUGGCUGCCGAGGUGGCGCAGGGCCUGGACUACAUGGAGGCGCAGCCCGCGGCGGUGGUGGCCGUGUACGAGGCGCUCUGCGACGGCCGCCAGCUCGACGAGGCUCUGGCGGUGAUCAAGGAGUGCAUCCGCGCCAGCCGCACCGACGUGCUGGGCAGGCUCAAGCACUACCGCUUCCUGCGCCCCGCGGCCACCCUGCGCGCCGUGAAGCAGGCGCUGCGCUUCGUGCAGCUGCUGCCGCGGCAGUACGCCGACGCGCGCACCUACAACAUGCUGCUGCGGGUGUGCGCUGAGGCGGGGGACCUUCGCAACGCGCUGCACGUGGCCGACAUGCUGCAGGCGGCGGGGCUGCGCAUGGACUCCAUCCUCUACACCACCCUCAUCUCAGCCUGCGCGGCGGCGGGGGACGCGGAGAAGGCGUUCCAGCUGUACGGCCAGAUGCGGGCGGACGGCGUGCCCGCAGACAAGAUGGUAUAUUCAUCGGUCGUCAAGGCCUGCGCCCAGCAGAUUGACCGCCUUCCGCAGUCGGAAAGGCGGCAGCAGCUGGUGCUGCUGGAGCGGGCCUUCAGCCUGGUGGAGGACAUGAAGGGGGCCAAGAUCCCCACCGACGCCGCGGUGUGGAACGCGCUGGUGACGGCCGCGGGGCGUGCCGCGCAGCUGCAGCGCGCCUUUAACGUGCUGGAAGACAUGAUCCACUUUGGCACGCGCCCCAACGACCGCACCUACGCCUCCCUGAUCGACGCCUGCGCGCGCGCGGGCGACAAGGGCCUGGCGCUGCGCGUGUACCGCAAGGCGCAGCGCGAGGGCUGCGCUCGCACCCUCAUGGUCUACUCGGCCGCGGUGCACGCCUGCAUCCAGGCGCACGACGGCUGCGACAGCGAGGCGGUCAUGGGGAUCUACGGAGACAUGCAGAGGAGCCACGUGGCUCCCGACAACCAGCUGUUUGGCAUGCUGAUGAAGGCGGCGGGUGCCAGCGGCAACCUGCAGCUGGUGCUGGACCUGCACGACGAGAUGGAGCGGGAGGGGCUGCGGCCCUGCACGGGUACUGAGUCUGCGCUGAUGGCGGUACACAUCCGCAACGGCCAGGUGCCCGAGGCGCAGGCGGUGUACCGCUCGCUGCGGGCGGCGGGGCAGUGGCCGCACGCCUACGCCACCAACGCCCUGCUCAACGCCUAUGCCAACAACUUCAGGUUGGGAGACGUUGUGAGCCUGGUGUGCGACAUGGCGCAGGGCGGGCUGCGCCCAGACGGCUUUACCUUCUCUGCCAUCUUCAACGCCUGCCAGCGCGCCGACGAGGCUGAGCUGGCGCUGGACGUCGCCAGGCUGAUGAAGCUGCGGGGCGUGCGCAUGGACGAGACGCACGCUGUGAUCCUGCUGCGCACCUGCUACAACCGCCUGCGCCAGUCCUGGGUGCCCGGCGGCUACCCGCCCCACCGCGCCGACGCUGGCGCCGGCGGCGGCCCGCUGCUCGGCAGCCGGCGCAGCCAGCUGCGGGAGCGGCUGCUCGAGGCGCUGACGCCGCGCAGGCGCCAGGUGGAGCUGCGGGAGCCCGUGGAUGUGGCCUGGGUGGCCCAGGCCUUUGGCAUCUACCGCGAGGCGGUGGCGGCGGGCGUCAAGCCCAGCAUGCACAUGCUCAACCGCAUGCUCAUGUGCCUGCGGGUGGCCUGGGAGGGCAAGCAGGCGGCCGCCGGCGAGGGCCACAUCGUGGGCGGGCCCGAGGCGCUGCUGCCGCACUCGCUGCCCGGCGCGCUGGGCGGCGGCGUCGCGCCUGCCAUACCGCGGCAGGAGAAGAUUGGGGUGGAGGGCGUGUACCACGUUCAGGCAGUCAGCAUCAUGGAGGAAGCCAUCAUCAGCAACGUGGUGCCCUCCUUCAAGACCGACGCCGCAGAGCCCAUCGACCUGCGCGGCAUGCCGCCCGCGGUGGCCGAGGUUUAUGUGCUGACGGUGCUGUCGGCCAUGCAGCGGCAGUGCGAGGCGCGGCGCGUCAUCAUCCAGAACGUCGUCUUCCUGGUGCCGCCCUUUGACGGGUCCAAGGUCAUAGUUUGA